CUGUUAGGAAAGGGUGCAGACCCUUCUUUUGACAAGCUUUUUAUAUCACUAGCCUCCCUGGCUUCUUCUCAACAAAAGGCUGUUAUAGAUGCAGUGAUGCGCUGGAGAUCAGAAAUGUCUGCGCCUUUGUCACGUACUCGAGAAGUAGAAUCUGUAUUAAAAGAACGACAGUCGUUGUCAUCCGUUUAUAUUCUCUGUAGGGCCCUGAUAGAGAUUGUCAGACGUUUUUCUGCUGACACUUGCCCAGAGUCUGUUGGCGAGAACCUUGAAGAAAUUGUGUUCAUACAGUUGAAAAAGCCUGAUCCCGAUGCCAUUAAACGUUCAGCAAACAGAACAGCUAGUAUGAACCUCUUUGCUGAGCUUAUAGGCGAGCUGUCCAACAUAAGAUUUGCUUCUGUAAGCGAUCGUUUUAUCGCUGAACUCGAGAAAUAUAACAGUCAUACCAUUAUGAAAGAGAGACAGAGCCACAUGGAAAUGCUAAUCCGCGGAAUGCGAUUCUUAAAGAUAAAGAUUUAUCCUCUUGAUGCAUUGGAAGAAACCGCGGAUUUCUUAUCCAGUUGUGCCAGCUUCUUCAAAAAUGCACAUGGUGCAAAAGUUAAGCAUGCGUAUGCCAAUCUUUUUGUUCAAUUGCUUUUGCCUAUUGCUGAGGUAGCUGUUGCCGAAGUCAAUUUUCCAGCUUGGGUAAAAGCUGUUGACUUAAUGUAUCCAAGAGCUCUAAAAAUGACAUUGAAACCACGCCACAUUCUGGGUGGAUAUCCACUUGUUACCACAUUACUAUGUGUUAGCCGGAAAGAAUUUUUUACUACUAACUGGCUACCGAUUGUAGAAAGCUGUUAUCAGAAGUUUAACAAGGAUAAAUAUACAAGACAAAUGGCUAUUGGCUGUAUAUCUCGUCUAGUGUGGACCUAUCUUUUUCGCUGCACCGAGAGUGUCUCUGCAUCAUUCAAGAAGCUCGACAAUAUCAUAAAAAACAUAUUCCCUCCAUUUAGACGUGCCGUAUAUCCAUCUGAAAUACCUUUGGAUCACUUCAUUUUGAUUACAUACUUCUGUCUGAUGAAAGAUGUAGACACAGCUAUGAAAAAGGUGACAUAUUAUUUGCUUAAUACCGAAAAUUCCAACUCUCUUCAUUGGGAAACUAUCAACCCCGAGCGAGUCAUUAUUGGAUUACGAGCCUUUCGUAUGAUGCUUUCUGACCUUGAGAAAAAUGUCCUUCGACCACCUUUUCCGGGCGAUCCGGACAUGACCGCACCUGGCAUAUCUAUCUCAUGUAGCGCUGAUGUGUUCUCUGGGCCUAUAAGGGCCGUAAAGGCAGAAGUCAUGGAGCAGGUUGAGGAGAUCAUCUGUAAAGUUCUUAUCAGUCUUGACCAAACCUUUGGGCGUCUACUCCUAUUAGAAGAAAAAAAUAUUGUUCUGAGAAAUAUCACUGGCUCAGGUACAAAUACAGGUGGCGGACUAUCAGCAAAUUAUUCUGUUCCAAUGUUUACCAAUGGUGUCAGUAUGUCGAGUACAUCAGACGGAGGUCCACAAAUACAUCAUCAGUAUGCCACGUUCUCUGUCUCCUAUACAAAAGAUAAGCAGACAUAUUUCGAUGUUCUGACCACCAUUUUGGAUUCGAUGCCACGAUUAAUGCCAGCUGGAAUACCAUUACCACGGUUGGUAGAGAUGCUAUCUCGCUACACUGUACAUAUUGAUCCUGAAGUGAUUCAAGCUGCAUCACAAGCUUUGCUACGUAUAGCAGCACAAAUCGAUAGCCAGACAGUUGUGACAGGCUACUCUCGAUUCGUUUAUAGAAUUGAAGACAGGUGCUGUGAUGUUCUGACAUCUCUUGCUAAUGGUCCUUUAACUGGUGGAAAUUAUAACGGAAACAAGGGAGUCAUGAAGCUGUAUGUGGACUUACUGGCAAUAUGGGCUGAGCAAGUGGAUCUUUCAGCCUUGAAAGAUUUGGAAAUGUCUUCUAACGAAAACCCAAACGGAACAUCGAAGGCUCAGACUAACCUUAUCCGACUAUUCAAUAUGGUGGAAGAAACAGAAGCGAACGGAUUACUAUUCCUGUGCAGUCAAUCUUCUUCGGCUCGAAGAUCAGCUAUUCAGAUCAUCAAAUUUGCGGCACAGCUUGAGAAUAGGCUAGAAGCACUUUUGGAAAAAGAACCCCAUCAUGAGCACCUUUCAACACUGAUUGCCCAGCUCAACAAUUUCUUUUCAAAGAGUCAAAAAUAUGGUCGUUUGUACGAUCUUCUUGAGUCGAUUGGUCAAGACCUCAUCAAAUUUGACAACGACAGUAACGUACUAUUGGGAUCAAAAAUAUCAAUUGAAACACGCAUAAGAAUACAGCAGCAUCAAAGAAGAGGCGUGAAGCAUGUGUUAAUCCAAAUUGCCGAAAGUGAUCAUUCUGCAGACCUUGUAAUUUGGAACAUAUGUUUCCCCAAAGUCUUUAAAUUCUGUUUCGAACACUUCCCUGGUACUGUUGCACUAUGCCGUCAGAAUAUAUGUAUGAGAUUGGUUCAAAUGUACCCUUUUAUUAUGGGAUCCCUUGAGACCAUCAAGGCUGGACCUGCAGGAACUCUCAGUAUGGCCAAGAGUAGUAACUCGGGACAUAAAGCAGCUAGUCCUGAAAUGGUUGAUCAGUGGAGAAUAUAUCUCGUAUUUGCAUGUGCAACAGCCACUCUUUCUGAAGACAGGUCACCUACUGCUACAUGGGCUAAUAGUGGUCGCAAGGGAUCAACACUGGUAGACAAGAUUGCUACACCUAGAGAUUUAUUCCGCAUGGCACUAAAAUUUGUUACAUGUGAACACCGCCAAAUCAGAGAAGGGGCAAUACAAGGUCUUGGAAAUGUCAACAAAGCCACAUACAAGAUUCUUAUGACAGAUCUCCAGCCUUUUGUAAGAACUGUAUUGGAUGAUGGUAAACAAAGAAACAACCAGAAGCCAUAUCAAAAUAAACGUAGCAAAAAGCACGACAGACUACGAAUUUCUCUUAUGCACUUGCUUGAAUUGACUGCCGGAUGUCUAUCAGAAAAGGAACACCUGGAAGACAAGGAAUUAAUGAACAUGAUGAUGAGUUACAUAAAGGAGACCAAGUCGUUCUUGACCGAUGUAGAGGUUCAGCUGGAAUGGGAAUACCACAAAUUGAGGAUGCAUCUGUGCGGUACAGUUGAAAAACUUUACGAGAAUAUCAUGCGUUUGGAAGAACCUACCAGUGUCAUGUCUUUUGAGACGCGCCUGGGCUUAUACAAGAUGUUUGAGGAAUGGUGUGGUUACGGUAUGUACGCGAAUAACACUCGGGCAAGAGAUGCCGCUAUGAUGAGAGAUGUUCUGGAACAAUGUAAAGAUCCGCGUGAACGAGGAACUAUGACACAAAUAUUGGAAGAGGAGAGAAAGUCUCUCGAGACGGCUGCCCUUAGUGCGAUGGCAAUGUUAUGCAGAGGCCCCUUGUAUGCCUUCCUUGGACAGAAGAAAGCGAGACAGGCUGUGAUUCAGUUUGAUUUACAUAAUGUAUUUCGAUGGAUUGAUGCGGUUUUUGAAAGCCAUGACCCCAAGUGUCACUCCAUUGCUAGACGAGCACUUGAAGCCCUUCUUAUCUACAAUCAAGACCAAUCACUGCUUCUGGACGAUAUUAUCGAGCAGUGCUACGCAGGCAAUCCAAAACUAGAAUUUACCCAGGGUUAUUUCUUGGCUUUUGCUGAGAUUUUAUGCAAAGUCGAAGAUUAUCCAUGUCAUAUCCAUCAAGUUAUGAGUCUUGCCUUGUUUAAAGCGGGUGACUCGAAAAAAGCGAUCAGAAAGUCAGCGAUCGCCUUGUUGAGGACCAUUGAAGAGCGUGUCUUUGCUGAUUCUUGCGCAAAGGAGUAUGAAAUUGGAAUUACGAGUAGCUUGCCAGCAAUUUACAAGUAUACCCAAACCUUAUUGUCCGCACGUUUGGCCUUGGAUCAUCCAGAGCAGACUUACUCGAUGCUCUCAGAGAUAUCUCAGCGUUUUGAGCACAUUAGCCCUAAUAGUCAACGAGAAGUUCUAGCUUAUAUGAUUCCUUGGCUCCGUAAGAUUGACUUGUCUGUUGGUCCUCAAGAUUCUGAGCUCAGUGCCUCAGCCUACAUGGUAUUGUCUAACCUUUAUUACAUCACAAUCAAGUUUGGUGAUGUGUAUGUAAAAGAAGUUGCAGCACUUUGGAGCCAACUCGUUGAUCAUGGUCGUAAUGUACGCGCCAUAAUUAUGUACCUUCUUGACAUGGGAUUAGAGAAAAGGAAUCCAUGGUUUUUGAUUCAUGCCAAGCGUGUCUUUGUAUGUCUUGGUCGAACACCGGCUUUUAAUCGUAUAGUCGAAGAAGUUAUUGCAGAGAUUACACCGCGUUCAAUGGUUCCACAACUAAAAGAAGCUAGUAUCCGACACACACACGCCUUCCCAUUGCUUUUUGUAGCUGAUACUGAAAAAGUGCUACCGUCUUAUGAAAAACGGCCUGUAUUUUCACGUGGACAAUUGGCUAUGGUCUUUCUAGUUGAUCUUGCUAUUGAAGCAGGAGCUGACUUGGCACCUCAUUUGCCUUUGCUUCUUCAUAGCAUUUUUGUUCAGCUAGACCAUCUCACGAGUAUCGUAUGCGAUCAAUCACGCUGCUUGCUAAUCAACCUGAUUCACUCCAUUGUCAUCCGCCAGUCAAUAGAUUCUGACAUACCAACAAAGGCAACCGAGGUUACUCAAUGGCUUGCAUCGAAAGAAGGAAAACGAUUGUGGGCUUAUGAAAAUAUUACUUCAAAGAACCCUCGACUGCAAAGCUCAGAAGAACUCAAGGAUCUUCUCAACAAAGUGGUCGAUGUUUUCUCACACGAAGAUCCCGGGCUUCGGCAAAAAUGGGGUGAAACUGCUCUCAAAUGGGCCACUUGUUGUUCUGUUCGACAUAUCGCAUGUCGGUCGUUCCAAUGUUUCCGAGCUCUUAUGCCAGCCUUUAACCAACACAUGCUGGCUGACAUGCUUGCACGCCUAUCCAAUACUAUUGCAGACAAGUCGGACGAUAUUCGCGGAUUCUCCCUCGAAAUCAUUAUCACAUUAACCGAAGUUACGACUGCUAUGGACAAGGCACAAAUGGACCAAUUUCCUCAACUUUUCUGGGCAGCAGUUGCAUGUUUGUACAGCCCGUACGAAGCAGAACAUUCAGAAGCGUUAUUACUUUUAGAAGUGGUAUUAGAGAAAUAUGGAUUUUGCAGUGAGCUUGCCGAAAGUUUUCCCAAAAAUUGGUCAAGUGAAUUCGAUGGUCUUCAACCCCUACUACUUAAAGGACUCCAGUUUUCUUCUGCUGAAGAAAGAACGUUUUCAAUUCUAUCUCGAAUCAUGUUAAUCGACAAUCCGCCGCUCAUCGAUCCUUCUGAGACACGAUUGAUGUAUCUCUUGCUUGGUUCUAUCCCUAGACUACUGCAUGCACUUGAUGAUGAUGAGACAUUGGAUCCAUCCACAGUUGAGCUAGCGAAUAAGAUGACUCAGCUAUUUGAACGUUACUCGCUACCAGAUGUACAGCGAAUCCUAGCGACAUAUCCCAAGCAAAAGGCCAAAUUCCAAAAAGACUAUCUUGAGCAAAUGCUGGGGUCUAUACGCGAUAUUUUUUUACCAAAAUACGGCAAGACAGCUCUUAUGUUUUCAAUCUUAUUGGUGAAGAACAAGAUGCCAUUCUAUCGAGAGAAAGGCUUGAUGAUGAUCGAAAAUCUGGUUCCAUAUGUUACUGGAAAGACCAAUUGGCCCGGUGGCUCUAAUAGCCCUAUUCCAAUAGAUAUUGCUUCACUCGAACCUCUUUUACAAUUAAUUCAAACAGAUUUUGGGGACAAGGCUUUAUCUAUUCUCAAC